AUGUCGGCUCCCUCGGCGGCUUCAGCGCCGCCUUCAGCCGCACCCUCGUCAGGAGUCGCGUCGACGCCGUCGCAAUCCGGACCUGUUCCAUCCACCUCGACCUCUCCACCCCCUCCCACUUCUCAAUCAGCCCCGGGCGGCACGGAUGCUCCGACGGGCUCCGACGCUGCGGGCGCUGGCGAUGCCAAAUCGGCGUCCGGUGCCGCGUCUCCGGCUCGAUCGACCUCCGGCGCGCCAAUUGCCGCGAAGAAGGCCGCUGGCCGCGACAAGGACACGUACAACCAGGUGCUCGUCGAGCGCUAUUUGACACAUGACGGGCUGCACUCGGCCGCGCUCCAGGCGGCCCAGGUGCAGAUGCAGAAGGACUUCCGGAACCUGCACAUGUACGCCGACGACUACCGCAAGCUGCGCACCGAGUACCGCCAGUAUUUCCCCUCGCGCCACAUCUACGGCGAAGGCUAUGUCGGCCUGGGCAACGGCUACACGGAGGUGAACGGGCCGCCGCGCAUCCUGUAUCCCACACAGAAGAUGCGGCCAGGCAAACGCACCACGCCGCCGCUCAAGUACAACCGCAAGGACAUGGCCCAGCAGGCCGAGCAGCACGAGGAGCUAGUGCCCAUCCGCGUCGACGUCGAGUGGGACAAGGUCAAGCUGCGCGACACGUUUACGUGGAACCUGCACGACCGCCUCGUGCCGCCAGAGCUGUUCACGGCGCAGCUCAUGGAGGACCUGGGCCUGCGGCCGCCUUUGUCAAACCAGGUCUACGAGCAGGUCUUCCAGCAGAUCCAGGAGCAGCUCGGCGACUUCUACCCGCUCGUCUACUCGGACGAGGACGCCCUCGAUCCCGAGCUGCCCUACUCCGCCUACAAGAACGACGAGAUGCGCAUACUGGUCAAGCUUAACAUCACGAUCGGUCAGCACACGCUUGUCGACCAGUUUGAAUGGGAGAUCAACAACCCCAUGAACUCGCCCGAGGAGUUCGCCGCCAGCAUGGCGCGCGACCUGUCGCUGUCGGGCGAGUUCACGACCGCCAUUGCCCACUGCAUCCGCGAGCAGACGCAGCUCUUCACCCGCGGGCUCUACAGCGUCGGCCAUCCCUUUGACGGCCGCCCGAUCGAAGACCCGGAUCUGGUGUCUGCCUUCCUCCCCUCCCCCCUCCCCGUCGUGUUCCGGCCGCAGCAGCAGGCCAAGGAGUAUGCGCCGUACCUGUACGAGCUGAGCGAAGCGGAACUCGAGCGCAACGAAUUGACCUUUUCGCGCGAGCAGCGCCGCCAGAAGCGUUCUGUCAACCGGCGCGGCGGUCCCAUCCUGCCCGACCUCAAGGACCGCCAGCGGACCAUCCGCACGCUCAUCGUCUCGUCUGUGCUGCCCGGUGCCGCGACCGACGUCGACGAGAGCAGACUCUACAAGCGCGCGGCAGGCCCGUCUGGCACUGGCCGGCGGCGCGGCGGACGCGACGGCGAGUCCGACUCGGACGAAAGCGACGAUUCCUCGCCCGACUCGCCGUCCAUGUCUCAGCUGGCCGGCACCGCGCGCACGCGAGGCAUCCGCGGCGCGGCGUCUGCUGCCCAACAACGCAUGGCGAACAUUGGCCGCUCGGAAACGCCCGAGGCCGGCACGAUCCACCACCACGAGUCGCGCCUUGGCCGGCGCGCAACACGCGACCCACGUGAAGACUCGGUGGACGAGGUGCAGGUGCCGUCGCGUCUUGUGGUCACUUUCAAGGUGAACAAGGACCGGUUGAAGAAGCUGCUGCGCGACAUCAAGACACGACAAAGCACCGGUGCUGCUCCACCGGCUGCGACAUCCGAGUCGGGCUCACAGACGCCGUCGUCCAGCCACCAGCAAUUACAAUCCUCUGCCCCGGGAUCCCAGCAGCAGCCGCGCUCUGCGAGUAACUCCAUGGGUCCACCCCCCACGACACCCUCCAGCAAGAAUGCGCUUGCGCCCACACGGUCUGUCGUCCCGCACGGCCAUCUCGGCCGCCUGCCCGCGCCACCCCCUCCUGCAUCCGAAGUCGAUGCGCCCGCAGCUCCUCCUCCUCCACAAUGGCUCCUCGAUGCGCUCCAGCGCCUGCGCGAACGCAGCUACCCCCACGACUCGUUUGAAGGUGUUAUGCGAUACAGCGUGUUCAACAAGGACGAGCAGCUCGUGCCUGCGCCCAGCGCUGGCGAGCCCUUGGACAACUACAAGUUCUGGUACUUGCCACGCAUUCGAUGCCACGACUGCCCAGGCAAGCUGUACACACCCGGCCCAGAAACGACGGUCGGCAACUUUGAGGUCCACCUCAAGAACCGUUUCCACAGAGAAAAGGUCGACCUACGGCUGGCACGCGAGGCCGCCGCCAACGGCUUGCCCCCACCGGCUAGCUCCCUGCCCGCCGGGUCCGCAUCGCCCUCUGUACCACCAGCGGCCGCGGCAGCCAGUACUGCGCCCCAGCGGCCCUCUCCAGGUGCGGGCUUCGGGUCGCUGAGUACGAGCGAGGCCGCGUCACGGAAGAGCGGCGACGGUGCAGGCGGCUCGUCCGGGUCUGCGUCCCAGACAUCGACACCAGGUGCCGGUUAA